UUUCCCCCAUCACUCUCUCCCUUUUCGCACUGUAGUUUUUCGUCUGCAAUAUCGGUCCCUUUAUCUUCGCUUCUUUGUCCGUGAAUUUUAUAAUUCAGUAAACUGGAAAAUUUCUCAGUCUACUGUUCAAACGAAGAGGGAAAAAAAAGGAGAUCUUUUUACGAAUUUCGCAGCGUCCGGGGGAGGAGAAGAAGAAGAGGAGCUCGAAAAAAAAUAAGGGGAAAGGGGAAAUCGAUUUUUGUUUAUUCUAUUCCAGCCUUUUGGUGGCAAAUUGAGCCGUGGCGAGGUUUGCUAUUCCAGUGAAGAGGAACCCUAGACCUCUUCUUCUCAGAUCACAGGCUCUCUGCUUCGUUUCGUUGUCUUUUGAAGAGUGAGUCUUGAUUGGUCGAGCUGGGCUCUUGUUAGAACCCUUGGUUGAUGGAUCUACUGCCUAUGGAAAAGAUUUGCUGAUGAACUUUGGUGGUUGGGACUUUAAUGCCUAGCAACGAAGUUAAAGACGGGUUCUGCAAUUUAUUUGAGCUGAAAGAUUUUUCCCGUGCUGCUGGACCUGUGACACGGGUUGCAGAUACUUUUAGAGGGCAAAUCAUAGAUAAAGAUAUUGCAAAUGGUGGUUUCAACCUGAAGAACUUGAAUGCACAACAAGUAGGGGUUGUGUCCUCAAGAAACUUCUAUGCGAACCAUCCGGCGGUUCGAAAUGGUUUCCAGGUUGAACUACGGGAUUUCCAGGGAAUGCAAAAUCAACAGGGCUUAUUCUUGGAUAGCUUAGAUUUUAACCAAAACAAUAUAAUCUCAGGGGUGUCAUCUGGUUUUAAGUUUCAGCAAGAAAAUGACUCUGUGGGCAGUCCAACCUUGACAACAAAUUCAGAAAGGUCUGAGAUAACUGAAGCUUCAACCGAUUUUUGUUUACAAAGAAGGCAACAAGAUAAUUUUUCUGUCCAGCAACACCUGUUUCCACAGAAUAGCCCUAUGCAGCAAUCUGGUUUUGAUGAGAUGCAGUUGUUGCAACAGCAAGUGAUGCUCAAGCAACUACAGGUUCUUCAGAGGCAGCAACAACUUCAGCAGCAGAACUUUUUGAGUCCCUUUUCUCCGGCCCAUAGGCAAGCUAGCAGUGGGCAGUUUCCACAUCUGGUUGAUGGAAUGCCUCUAGGUUAUGCAUCACAAGGAUAUAUGAACUGGCCACAGAGGAGUGCAUUACCUGCUCCACAAGGAACACUGAACAGAACCUUGUUUUCCAUGGGUCUUGAUUCUCAGCAGCUCGAUGCUUCUUUAUACGGUACUCCAAUUGCUAAUGCAAGAGGCAAUGCUGGUCCACUGUCACCAAUGCAAGCCAUGUAUCAGGACUCCAGUAGUCUAGCAGCUAAGAGCACUGGUCAAAUGCAGAAACCUGUAACGCAUUUGUCAGACUUUAGUAACCCAUUCCUGAAAGAUCAGUAUAAUUUUUCUCCUGCCCAGGUUUCGCUACAACCGGGAGCUUUUAUGUCGAAUUUGGGGUUGCAAGGGAAAGGUAUGCCAGAGGUUAGUCCUGUUCAUGGUUUGAACAAUGGGCUUUUAUCUGGCGAUCUUGUGCUGGGAAAUUCUCAACACAUCAGCAAACCUUCAAGUGCCUGCAGUGAGAGUCAGGGGCAAGUGAGCUGGUCCUCAGCUCAGCAAAAAGGUACAAAACCAUCUCAGGGUUUAGUUCCUCUUGACCCAUUAGAAGAGAAGAUCCUGUUUAAUAUGGAAGACAGUAGUAUAUCUGAGAUUGCAUCUGGAGUCUUUGGGGACAAAUAUGACAAUUUCAAUUUCACCAACUCAUUCUCUUCCAUUCAGAGUGGAAGUUGGAGUGCUCUAAUGCAGUCUGCUGUUGCAGAAGCUUCUAGCAGUGAUACUGGUGUUCAGGAGAAGUUUAAUGGUUUGACGCAUCAGAAUAUGGAACUAUUGGCUGAUAAUAGCGUGUCAAAAUUUAUAGAUAGCGAUAAGCAACAAACAGGUUGGAUGAAUGAUAGCUUGCCUGGGUCAGUACCCUAUACUGCGGAAUCUUUAGAGGUGGCUAAUAAUCCCGAUGUAAACUCUAGCUUCACUGGUUUUCAGCUGCUCUCAGAUCAGCAGAGAGUGGAUAGCUGUCAGGGUGGCGGUACUACUGAAUCCACUCAGAGAUCUCCAAAGGUAAUUGGGCGUUGGGUGGAUUGUAAUCCUCAACAUAAGCUACCUGUGGGAGGAAAUCGACAGGUACAAUCAGAUCUGCACUUUAAUGAUUCAUCUGAGGGUAAGAUGUACUCCAGUAAGAUUCUUGAUCAGGUGCAUUCUGAAAUAGGAAAUCUGGCAGCCAGUACCGAUGCUUCGUCUGCAAGUAAUUUAGGUGGCAUGCCAAACUCCUUUCAGUCGUUGACUUCUUCACUUGAUCUUUCUCAAGGUGGGAAAUUUGAAAAUUUACCCGGCCCUCUUGGAAGAGCAAGUGUAUUUCCCAAUCUCACACGACAGAAUGAUCCAGCUACAAUAUCUGCAUCUAGUGCUUUGAGUGGAAGAAACGAGUCUCAGGUUCAAAUGGCCAAUCUACCUGUAGCAUCUCAGUCUAACAAUGCAAGCCAAAUGUCUAUUCAAGCUGGCUUACCUCGUCAGGAUGCCCCUCGGCAAUUCAAUGUGUGGAUGGACUUACCAGCUCAGCAGGAAUCAUCCAAAGUCCCCUUGAGUACAUCAAAAUCAUCUGCUGUUUUAUUGGGGAGUAAUGUCUUAAGAUUGCAUGGUCUGACUGAUGCUUACAAUGUGUCACAAACAGUUGGUCUGCCUCAAGUUAAGGGACCUUCAGCUGAUCAUACCUCUGUUUUAACUGCUUCCAACAAAGACUUUCUUUCUUUCAGCCAUCGAUCGUUUAACAAUUUGCUGGUGGCAAACAAUACAGACGCUGAUGCAUCUAAGAGGGAUACAAAUUCCAAAACUGGUCCAAAUUUCCAGAGAAGCUUUGGAAUCUUUGGUCAAAAGUUAUGUGAGGAAAACUCGGGACUUAAAAUGUCGACGGAUACUGGGAUGAACUCAAUGUCACAGCUUAACCGAUUUCCGUUUGGGGAUGCAAAAAUUAGCUCGAUGGUGGAAGCGAGGAAAAGUCUAAAUAUACAAAUUCCAUCGCAAAACCAACUUUCAGAUGUUUGCUCCAGUGGAAUGGUUGACCUAGUCCAGAAUCAAUCCAGUAGCAGUAUGGAACAUGGCCAUUUGUCUUCUGUGAAUGAUGCAGAUGUGCAUGCAGAACAAGAACAUGAUGCUCAGGACACAAUGAACCAAAGCAUGGAUAUCAUCAUAUCAAAGAAACGCAAACUUAUGGCGCCCCCAUGGCAUGAAGAAGCCACACAUGUGUCCAAGCGGCACCAAACAUUGAGUGACGCUGGACAAGAAUGGGCCCAAGUUACGAAUCGGUUGUUUGAGAAGGGAGAAUAUGAGAUUUGGAAAGUUGAAUCUAUCCAACGGUUGCCUCAAUCAAAGAGAAGGCUGGUACAGACUGUGCAGUUUAUGCAACAGCUUUUUUGCCCUGCACCUGCGUUCAUUCUCUUGUCAGAUGUAGCAUCAAGCUAUGCUAGUGUGUUAUACUUUGUUGCUAGAGCAACAUUAGGCGAUGCAUGCAGCAUUACCCACAAGGGACAAGAUGCUUUGCCAUCAUCUUCGAUUGAGGUUAAUGAGUUAUUCGAAAAGAUCAAAACAAAUGAGAGAAGAAGGGACAGGCAGUAUGCUGAAGUUGCUAGAGAGUUAACAGAGAAGAUAAAGAAGGUGGAAGGUGACUUGGAAAGACUGGAAAAAGCAGCUUCAAUGGCAGAAAUCAAGAUCGAAAUAGAGGACUUGGAAAGAUUUGCUGUCAUGAAUCGGUUUGCAAGGUUCCACAGCAGGGCACCACCGGCUGGCAACUCUGGGCCCACUAUGCCGAAGCUGAUACCUGGGAGAUACAUCACAGCAUCACUCUCUCAUAGAAACCUACCAGAGGGAGUUCAAUGCCUUUCGCUUUGAUUUUGUUCCCGGCUGAACCAGUCGCCUUUGCUUCAUGAUUGUGUUGGAAUUGGAAAUCGGAAAUGAAGACCCUAUGAUGGGGCCCUCCCCCCAAAGAAAGCUAUGGGAACUGAUGUCUCCAGGUUGAGGUGGCACGUCAGCUAAUGUCAGUAACGAACUCUGUUCGCUCCGACAUGUCAGGAUCCGGUCUCGUCUGAUUUUGUUGGAGGAAAGUGAGGCAACGUCAGAUGUGGCGCCCAGCCGUUAGAACAUGACAUAUUAUCUAACAUACAUAAAUAUAUAUACAUGGUUACAUCAUCCGUAUAAAAUCCUAUUAAUUUCUCUUUUCUGUGUCAUUGGCUUUUGUUUCCAUGAGAUGAGGGGAAAAAAAUAGCAGACGAUUAAUUUCAACCGAUGAUUAUGUCCAAUUUAAAGUCCAUGGCCCACUUUCUUUUCGUUUUCAUAAUGGAUCUUGAUUUGUAAACACACGAUGGUAUCACCCAUUUCCACUUUUUUGUAUGUUAGCUAAUUACGAUGGA